CUUCCCGUUGAAAAGGCAGCAAACCAGAAAAAUUGAGAGCAAGUAAACAAUGGGCAAAGAAAACGAGACAUCGGAGACACCAGGUGGGUAUAAGCUAGCUGGUUUCUCAAGCUUUGUUCGAUCCAACCCACGCUCCGACCGGUUUAAAGUUAACCGGUUCCACCACAUAGAAUUCUGGUGCACGGACGCAACAAAUACGGCUCGCCGAUUCUCAUGGGGACUCGGCAUGCCCAUCGUCGCCAAAUCCGACCUCUCCACAGGCAACGCCACACACGCCUCUUAUCUCCUCCGCUCCGGCGACCUAAACUUCCUAUUCACCGCACCGUAUUCUCCCUCCAUCGCCUCCAUGGACAACCUCUCCCACACUGCUACCGCCUCCAUCCCCACCUUCAACCACGAAACCAGCCGCGGUUUCUCCGCCAAACACGGCCUCGCAGUCCGCGCCAUCGCCAUCGAGGUUGACGACGCCGAGCUGGCUUUCACCACCAGCGUCGCGCACGGUGCCAAGCCAUCAGCCUCUCCAGUCCUCCUCGAUAAUCGUGCCGUUGUCGCCGAGGUUCACCUCUACGGCGACGUUGUGUUAAGAUAUGUGAGCUACGGGAAUUCUGAAAGCGACGACUCUGACCCUGGUAGUUGGUUUUUGCCCAAAUUUGAGGCAGUCGAGGCAGCAUCGUCUUUUCCGUUGGAUUAUGGGAUUAGGAGAUUGGACCAUGCGGUUGGAAACGUUCCUGAAUUAGCUCAGGCGGUGAAUUACGUUAAGGAAUUCACCGGUUUUCAUGAAUUUGCAGAGUUCACGGCGGAGGAUGUUGGGACUAGCGAGAGUGGACUGAAUUCGGUUGUUUUGGCUAAUAACGAAGAGACGGUACUGUUUCCAAUGAACGAGCCGGUUUUUGGGACCAAAAGGAAGAGUCAGAUACAGACUUAUCUAGAGCACAACGAAGGGGCUGGGUUGCAACAUUUGGCGCUUGUGAGUGAGGAUAUUUUCAGGACUUUGAGGGAGAUGAGGAAGAGGAGUGCAGUUGGGGGAUUCGAGUUUAUGCCUUCGCCACCGCCCACUUACUAUAAGAAUCUGAAGAGUCGAGCUGGGGAUGUGUUGAGCGAUGAGCAGAUUAAGGAGUGUGAGGAAUUGGGGAUUUUGGUUGAUCGAGAUGAUCAGGGGACUUUGCUUCAGAUUUUCACCAAGCCUGUCGGUGAUAGGCCAACUAUGUUUAUAGAGAUAAUUCAGAGAGUUGGGUGCAUGCUCAAGGACGAGAAGGGCAAAGAAUACCAGAAGGGUGGAUGCGGAGGAUUUGGGAAAGGAAAUUUCUCAGAGCUCUUCAAGUCGAUUGAGGAAUAUGAAAAGACACUUGGAGCCAAAAUAAUUGCAGAAACAGCUUCAGCAUGAAUUGUUUUCUCUCUUGGCUGCUCUUUCUGAACACUCUAUGCAAGAGCUUUGGUUGAUGAAGCCAGGUUCGUUGUACUAUUACGUCUAAUUCUGCUAAGAUGAUGUUAUGCAUUAAGUUUGUUAAGUCGAGCAAUUUCAAUGCAAAUUGUUGACGCAUGGUGAAAAUUUCGUUUGUAUCUACUCAGGAUGACACUUUACUGCAAGCUGAAAAGAAUUAUGAACUUCGAUUGA